UAUUCACUGGGCUGAAAAAUCUAAAUAAAUAAAUAAAUAUAAAAUGAAGAAAACAUGAUGAGAUUUUUCUGUUGUCUCUGAGUGCAUGAGAAUUAAAGUGGCAAAGAGCAAUAGGGUAGUAAGGCAAAAGAACUAGUGACAUAUCCCCACAUCUAUAAUAAAAAAAAUUUAGAUGCAGUGUCAUAGUCAUCUUUAUAGUGUACCUCUCAUUUAUUACCCUUGUCUUUUGCCUUCAUUCGUUCAUUCUCCGUCCACUAAAAUGUUCUUUGGCCUCCUUCUAUCCCAUUCUAUUUUACCUUUUCUCUAUUGAAUCUGCAGGCACACACUAACUUUUUCUCAUCCAAUUAGGGUUUCCCAAUUGAGAAUUUGCAGCAAUAAAUCUGUGCAGUGUGCAGUUUGAAGAAACAAAGAACAGUUUCUUGGAAGAAAUCCUACAAGGAAAAAAGUGUGAUUAGUACAAGGAAACCAACAAAAAGAAGGGGAAAACAUCUUUCUGGUUUUCAGCAUCAAUUAUUUGUCCAUAACUAAGAAAGCAUUGGUACUUGAACAGGUAUUGAUAGAAAUACUACAAGAAAUUUUACUGUAAACGAUCUUCAAAUGUUUCUCAAUGACCCUUUUCUGACAAAUUAAUUUUUUGUUGUUGAAAUGAAAUAUUUUGUAGCCGAGAGAAAGAGAGAUUUGCAUCUGGAUCUAUUGUAGUAUUCCAAUCUGACUGAGAAGGAAAAAUGGCUUCAUCCAGUUCUUACAACUGUCCCUGUGCAGCCUGCAAGUUCUUGAGGAGGAAAUGCAUGCCAGAUUGCAUUUUUGCACCAUACUUCCCACCAGAGGAGCCCCAGAAAUUUGCAAAUGUGCACAAGAUUUUUGGCGCAAGCAACGUUACCAAGCUCCUCAAUGAGCUUCUCCCUCACCAGAGGGAGGAUGCAGUGAAUUCCCUUGCCUAUGAAGCCGAAGCCCGAGUCCGGGAUCCUGUCUACGGCUGCGUUGGUGCCAUCACGUUCCUCCAAAGACAAGUCGAGCGCCUUCAAAAGGAACUCGAUGCAGCUAAUGCAGACUUAAUUCGCUUCGCGUGCAAUGAGAUUCCGACCAGUUUACCAGCCACUCAAGGAGUUAAUUCACUUCAUUCAGUGGCGGCAGCGCCCCGCCAGAGACCGGUAAGGAUUGGCAAUGAAAGUGGUGGCGGCUUUUGUCAAACACCUUCAAACUUCCACAACACAUAUCCUUUUCCAUGGAAUGAUCAUAACCCUUCUGGUAAUAUAUAUGGAGGAGGGGUAGAUGGAAAUAUUUAAGGAUAUAUCACCUAUAAAUCUAGGGCUUAUGUCCCUGCCCUAGAGGAAUGGUAUGCAUUUUUAUCUUAAUUUGUCAUGGUCACUAGCUAGCCUCACAAGCAUUCUUCUAGCUAGACUGAGUCCUAUUAUCCUCAAAAGAACAUUAUUUUGGGUGGUUUUAAUAAUUAAACAAAUAUUAAAGUCUUGUUUA